UCUCUCUCUCUUUUCUCUCUCCCCCGUCCUUUGCUUGCUGUUUUCCUUCCCUGCCAGGUUGCAUAACUCUUGUCCUUUUACACACCCACGAAAGAGCAAUCAAAAGGAGGAGUUGAACAUGACAUUUGCCCAGGUGCUAACAGCCUUAAGCACAACACUUUGCAUGCUUGGCUUGGCGAAAACAAGGUUGCGGAGUUGUUCGCUUGGUACUUUUUCUUUUUUGCUUCCUUUUUAUCUAAGCAUUUCUUUGCUAGCAAGCAGGGCCUCCCUUGGAGCUGGAAGGUGGCUUGUGACGGACCUAACAUGGACCUAACAUGGAAAGAGAGGCAGGAAGGAGCUGGCGCGGGGCACCAUGGAGAAUUCCUCGGAUGGCGAAGGCAGGAAUCCCUGGGGGGAGCCCGACCUGGAAGGUGGGGAGAAGACCUGCGCCGUGUGUGGAGACCGAGCCAGCGGCUACCAUUUCCACGUCAUGACCUGUGAAGGCUGCAAGGGGUUCUUCCGGAGGACGGUGCUAAAGGGCAUCCAGUUCACUUGUCCCUUUACGCAGAGCUGCCCCGUCACCAAAGCCAAGCGGAGACAAUGCCAGGCCUGCCGGUACAAGAAAUGCCUCGCGGUGGGGAUGAGGAAGGACAGUAA